AUAAAAACAUUUGUUUACAUUUGGAUUUUUCUGUUGAAUGAAUUUGUUUUUUUCUUAUUAAUUUAAAACUAAUUACAGUUAAUUUUUUACUUUGGAAUUUGAUUUUAAUUGUUUCAGCAAUCAAAAUACUUUGAGAACUUUUCUGGUUUGUUCAAAUUAAUUAAUUUUUGAAGAUGUACAAACGACCAGGAGAUGAGUUUACUUUGGCUGGAGCUGUUGUACCAGUUAAAAAGAGUCGAAGUGAAUUAGUUCAAGCUGUAGAUCCAGUUAAAGGAAGAGCUCUCGUUGAACAUACGGGUCCACCUAGAACGUCAAGUUUAUUUGCUCCGAUUAUGCAACUAAGUGGACAUCAAGGGGAGAUUUAUUCUUGUAAAUUCCAUCCCGAUGGGAAAACUAUCGCUUCUGCUGGACAUGAUAGACAAUUGUACUUGUGGAGUACUCAAGGAGAGUGUGAAAAUAUCGCCGCUCUUCAAGCUCACAAAGGUGCGAUUCUUGAUGUUCAAUAUUCAGUUGAUGGUAGCAACAUCUUCACCGCAAGUACCGAUAAAACAAUAAUCAUGUGGGACUCAAAGACCAUGGGAAGAGUAAAAAAAUUGAAAGGUCACUCAAAUAUUGUAAAUUCUUGCCACACUUCCCGACGAGGUCCACAAUUACUUGUUAGCGGAGGAGACGAUAAUACAAUUAGAAUAUGGGAUCUUCGAGAUCGAAAGUGUAGCCAAACUUUUAAAGAUCCUUACCAAAUAUUAGCCGUUACUUUUAAUGAAAAUUCAGAUCAAGUGAUUUACGGUGGAAUCGAUAAUAUGGUUAAAGUUUACGAUAUGAGGAAAGGAGAAAUUUUAUUCUCAAUGAUUGGACAUUUCGACAGUAUAACUGGUCUUUCAUUGAGUCCCGAUGGUUCAUUUGUCUUAUCAAAUGCUAUGGAUAAUACAUUGUGUAUUUGGGACAUUAGACCUUUCGCUUCGCAAGAGAGAUGUACCAAAACAUUACAAGGUCAUCAACAUAAUUUCGAAAAAAAUCUAUUAAGAUGCAGUUGGUCUCCUGAUGGAACCAAAGUUUCCGCUGGAUCGUCCGAUCGACAUGUAUAUAUAUGGGACACUCAUUAUCGACGUAUCUUAUAUAAACUUCCGGGGCAUCAUGGUUCUGUUAAUGAGGUUGUUUUCCAUCCCAAUGAACCAAUAGUUUUAUCUGGUUCCAGUGAUAAAGAACUUUUCUUGGGCGAAAUUGAACCUUAAUUUGAUGUUCUAUUCUGUGAUCGAAUAUUUUUCUUUCUUUCUCUCUCUUCAACAAUCAAAUAAACAUCAUAAUCAUUCAAAACUUUCUCUCAUUUAGAUUUACCUGUUUCAUCUUCCUUCACAAUCAACUCAUUUUGUUGUAAAAAUCUAAAAAGAAAAAUUGACUUAAUUAGUUAAUUAAAUUCUUGAUCAUUGAAACGAAAAGUUAUUUCGACUUUUUAUCAAGACUAAUUCGA